AUGGAACCACCCCUCGACGCCGCGCUCGACGGCGACGUUCCCCCGCAGCCAACGUACCCCGCAGACCAUCCGCUCAACUCGCACUGGAUCGUCAAACUCGGGUGGCUCGAGCGGCUGAGCGAAGAUUGGAACACCUGGUGGCCGCAGGCGAGCGAGCGGUUCACCGUCCCCUUUGCUUUGGAUGACUUUGAGCCUGAUGACGGCGGCAAGGUGCCCCAGGUCAUCUGGGACACGGAGCAGGCGAGCAGGUGCCUCGAUCUGUUCAACGGGCGGGUGCACUCGACGUGCGUCGUCGUGAACAACAACACCAUGCUGAGCUGUGUAGUCCUCGCAUUCGUCGCUGCAACACUGUGGGCGCCGCAGGGGGAAGAAGCGCCCGUCGAGAGUGUCGAGACGGCACUAAGUCACCUGGAGGAGAAGUUCAUCGAAUCCUUCAUCAAGAUCAGACGGCACUUCGGCCUCCGACCCUCGCCGCACCUCUUCAUGAAGUCACUGUGGGACACAUUAGGCGGGCCAGGUUGCCUAGACCGCAUGAUGCCGGCGUACCCCGCGCGCUGGCCGACGCUGUCCCGCGGCGUGCCGACCGCCGCCCAGUCGCUCGAGAAAGCUGAGCGCCCGCCGCUCCCGGGCGACAUUGACGACUGGAAGCACCAGCUCAAGGCGAUCCUCACGCGGUCGACGUACGACAUCGACGAGUUCGUGGUGCUGAUCAAGCGCUACCCCGGCUCCGAGGUGGACGGAUUCGUCCUCUCCGCCCUCUACUCCAUGGUCCACGACUGGGGGUGGACGGACAACCACUCCGAGUUCCAGGAAGCAGUCACGAGCCUCACCGAGCAGCUCGGGCGGCGCUUCCUCAUCCCGCUCAUCCGUAUCCGCUUCCACUUCAACCUGAUGGAGGGGAUGAACCGGUACACGCGCGAGCUGAGCGGGAGCCCGUAUCUCCGGCGGAUCGACGAGCGGCUCCUCGUCGACCUGGUCCCGGACUCGAUGCCGCCGCUGGUGGAGGUCGCGCCGCUCAUGAAGCGCACGCCGCCGUCCUCCCUCGCGCCGGGCGGGUAUCGGCGCACGCCGUCCUCGUCGUCUUUGCUCGCCGUCCCCCCGUCUCCCGCGCCGACAAUCUCCCGCCUGCGCGACCGCUCCCCCUCUCCAAGCCGGGGGACCCGCCGAAACUCGAGCCCCACGCGCCCAGAGGUUGCUGCGCAGCCGCCGUCGCUGCCACACGUCAAGCCGACCAGCCAGGUGCCACAUCAGCGCUCGGCGAGCGGCACACGCCGCUCCAUCGGACACGGGCACCAGCGGGUACACAGCAGCGGUGGCAGCUCGGUCGCAACCAUCCGAUCACAAGCACAGGCGCAGGCGGGGGCACAGUCGCUGGCACACGCACCAGGCCACACUUACCCCCCCAAGGAGGUGCCAGCGCGUAUCCCGUCCCCUGCUCGUCCUCCAGUAGCCCACACCCAUGCCCAGCCCAAGACCCACUUUCCAGCGUACACUGCUCCGACAUACUCGUAUACCCGAGGCCGAGGACUGAGUCAUAGGGGUUAG